AUGGCUUUCAACUAAACCAUUACUUACUCUGUGCUCAACUGGCAAGAUGUUUUGGUUUGAAUGUGCUCUUAGGUUUUUUCCUAAUAAAAUUUCAAGCGCUUCCGUUGCUACUAAUUCUGGUUUUUCUGCCCAGAAUCUCAUCUGUACAUGUAAAGGCACGGAUUAAAUCACAAAAGCGCAGUAAAAAUCUUGUGGCGUUGCCUUUUCACCAGCUUUCGAAUUAAGCCAUAAUGUCCUAUUUUUCUUGUGGCGCCCGACGUGGUCGGUUUAAUCUGGGCAACACCGUCCUGGUGAAUUUAACCAGCGACGAGGAAUUUUUUCUGGGAUAUCUGCAGGACAUUAUUGCCGAUCAGGUGUUUAUCGAUUUCGACUGCGAGCGCAUCGCACCGCAAUGGGUUUCCAUGCAACGUGUGUGGCAUCAUGACAAACCCAGUAUAACACUACAACUGUCCCGCGAGGUCUAUGUGGCCAUCCGCCGGGAAGCGGAUGGGCCGUACGUCUUUGGCCCGGCGUUUUUAGAGUGCAGCUGCAAUUACGCCAAUCAGUUCCUGUGCUAUGCCUUCCUCGAUCAUCCGUGUUACAGUUUCCAGACACAAGAUAGUGUUCGUGUCGUCCAUUCCUGGCAGGUUAUUCCACGGCUACCCAGUGAUCCCAUGAUCGACAGAAUUUGCCGCUUGCCCAUUAAGAAAGUAGUGUAUCGUUCGGCGAAGCUGCGCGCGUUGAGUAGUAUCCAAGAGUGGCAUAUUGAGCGGAUACUGGAUCUGGGGUUUCGCCAGGGGAAGCGCCAGUCGGGUCAGGGUCGCGAUCGUCUAUUCGUAAAACUCACAGACGGGGAAAUCGUAUUUCUGAUUAUGCGUAUCCAGUGUAGCUUUCCCCACACCGUGAGCGUCGAUUGCCUGCAGUCGACCUGUUGGUUGACAGCCACCACGCGGAAAGUUAUCGCCGGGAUCGAGGAAUAUUUGCUCCAUGCUUCCCGAACGGCUGCUGAUUUACGCAACUUCCGCCAUCGAUCGCUACCAAGCAUCGCGGUUCUCUCUUCGCCCGCUGCAAGAGGAAAUGAACCGACGCUUCCCCAUCUGCUGCCAGAAAUUUUGUCCACAGUCAUGUAUUAUCUGGAUGUUGUUUCGCAAGGAAAAUUAAAGCGAGUGUGCCAGCUAUGGAACGUUUUACUCCGCGACCCGGCAUCAUCGACACACGUUACCAUUGAUUUCUGCACACUCAGUCUGCAACUGCAGCAGCGGGCCGAGACGGAAGGCUACCGGCUCGGACUGCUGCUCGAUCGGAUCGUAAAUGCCAAAACAAAAACGGUGGCCUUAGUUAACAUGAGUUAUCGGAUGGAUAACGUUGAUCCCGUUAUUGCGCUCGUUGUUGAUGUACUCAUUAUAAACAGGAUAAUACUUCCUUUGGUUAUUGUUAAAAAUUAUUGGGCACCUAUUGUAAGGUCGCCAUACGGAUUAUACAACAGAUAUACUCCUGAUUUGUCCGAACGGCGAAAGAUCCAUUUUCAGCUGCUUUUCAUGAAGAAAAUCUGUCGCCGUAUAAUAGUGCUGAAUGCAGUAAUCAACUGCGGUGCCGGGAAAGGUGCCCUUUUCCUUUUCGAACGCAAAAGUCUGCCAGACCGAUGAAGCGGAACGGCCUAAUCAUUGCUAUACCCAAGCUGCAUUUUGAUCAGAGCGAAAGCGAUGCGGAAUAUCUGAUGCGGUUCAAGCAAGCGCUGGAGCGCAGCUGCCCACCUGUCGAUCCGUCCGUUAAGCGUCAGAUCAAAGAACUGCAUGCCGGUUGGGUUAAGCGGUUCCCCUAUCCUGGGGAUGACUGGAAUGGAUUGCGGCACCUGCUUCAGCUCUUUGGUGUAUGCGAAGCAGCGGACCCUGCACAGUUCUGGAAUGGCUUGGAUUUGAGGGAUUUCGAUAACCUACCCAUGGGAAAUGUAGUACUGACUAUACUUGCCCGCGUCCACACUUUCAUUCUGUCUUUUCCCGUUGAACUCGGUGCUGAUCUUGCUAAAUUAUUGAGUUAACAGUGAAACUGUGACAAAAAACUGCGUAUUCAUGUUGACAAAUUUGUACUGACGUGGUACUCUUUGGGAAACUGGGACACAGGCCGGUGAAUAAAAGGUUCCGUUUUUGUUGA